CAUAAAUUACAUGCGUGUAAGCAUACACUACAUUUGCGAAAAAUGGCAGCUGACGAAUAGAAAAAAGUGGAUCUUCAGUCGAAAAAAAGACGGCACUCAUUUUCGCAGACAAACUGGGUGAACAUCCCGCACCCCGUUUAUCGUCCUAACGGCAUCCUCAUCCGUCAACAUGGGAAAGACUCCACUAAAAGAUCAGAAAGACGGCAAAAAAGAGAAACUGGGAAAGCCUCUCCCACUGCCAGGUACGACCCCUGCAGCAACUAAAGAUGCGUUCAGCUGGGAAGAAUACCUGAAGGAAACAUCGUCCACACCGGCGCCAGCAGGCUGCUUUCGUCAGGCUAGAGUCCCUCCCUCCAACGACUUCAAAGUGGGCAUGAAGCUCGAGGCUCACGACCCUCGCAAUUCCACCUCGGUUUGUAUCGCCACGGUGAUGGGCUUAACCGGGGUCCGUCUCCGUCUCCGCCUGGACGGCAGCGACAACAGCAACGACUUCUGGAGGCUGGUGGACUCGUCCGACAUCCAGCCUAUCGGCACCUGCGAAAAGAACGGAGAUAUGCUGCAGCCACCGCUGGGAUUUCGAAUGAAUGCCUCCUCCUGGCCCAUGUUCCUGUUGAGAACCCUGAACGGAGCAGAGAUGGCACCAGUAACAGCCUUCAAAAAUGAACCUCUGCGACCUCCUCAAAACAGUUUCAAGCCAGGCAUGAAGCUGGAGGCGGUGGACAAGAAGAACCCGUACCUCAUCUGCCCCGCCACCAUCGGAGAAGUGAGAGGCGACGAGGUGUUCAUCAUGUUCGACGGCUGGAGGGGGGCCUUUGAUUACUGGUGCAAGUACGACUCGAGGGACAUCUUCCCCGUGGGCUGGUGCUCCCUCACCAAGCACAGCCUACAGCCACCAGGCAACAGUGUUACUCUUCCGAAGAACCUGCAGAUUCUGCCGUCGUCGCCCUCCAAACCCAGCAGGCGCUCCAUGCAGUUGCCCUACAGAUACCCCACUCUGCCCGCUCUGCCCGUGAGGAAGGGGGUGAGAGGCCGUCGGCCCAAGAGCGAGACGCUCGCUCUGCUCAAAGCCGUGGCGGAGGCCGCGGCUUCCCACAACGGAGCCGUUCCUGACGACUCGCCGCUGGUGCCCCGGGUUCACAAGAAAAGAGGACCCAAAUCAGGAAGUAAGCGAAGGUCCAAGCUUCUGCAGAGCCCGACGCAGCUGCCAAGCAUCCAGGUUCCACAAGAAAACCCUCCCUGCCUCAACUCGGUGGUUUCAACAGUGUGCGUGUACGUGAAUAAGCACGGGAACUGCGGCCCCCACUUGGACAGGAAGCAGAUGCAGCGUCUUCCGGACCACUUUGGGCCGGGGCCAGUGAACGCCGUGCUCCAACAAGUGGUCCAGUCAUGUAUAGACUGCGCCUACCAGCCGAAAGUCCUCCUCAGCGCUCUGCAGAGUGACUCGGGGGGAGGCGAAGCUGUCAAAGUGAGAACAGACGGCGGUGUCCGUGUGAUCAAACUGCCGUCCGCCUCCAGUGCUUCCUUUGUGUUACGCUUCCUAGAGAGCAUGUGCCGUCACCUUCAGUGUGACAACCUGUUCAGCAGCCAGCCGUUCAGCCACUACGCCGCCUAUGACAGGAACAAGUCUGUGAAAGAAGAGGCGCUUGAUGUUCCCUCUCUGGCCCGGGGCGGUAAACGCAGCCUCUCAGGGGUCUCUCCUCUGUACGCCGCACCUCUCUCCCCCAAACAUUUACGAGCCGAGGCUCACCCGUCUGAAGCAGAGACUCUGCCGCAUGAAGAGAACGGCCACAUCAAGGAGCAGCGGUACAUGGACUCGGCUUCCAACUCCAUGACCCCCCGACCCCAAACGGCGCGGAGCUCCUCCGAGUACCACCCUCAGGCCAACAGCCUCUACCAUCACAGCGGCAGCGCCGCAAUGCGCCGGCACUCGUCUAACUCGGCAGAGCUCAGCUCGACGCAGCCUCUCAGACAAGUCGAAGCAGCUAGCUCCACCACUGGUUCCGAAUCGAUGGAUCGAGAGAAAUUGCAGCUGCCCAGUAAAAACCCUUCCUCCUGGUCCAUUGAGGAGGUGAUGCAGUUCGUCCGGGACGCGGACCCCACAGCGUUGGCGCCUCACGCAGAACUAUUCAGAAAACAUGAGAUCGACGGAAAGGCUUUGAUGCUUCUACGGAGCGACAUGAUCAUGAAGUACAUGGGUCUGAAACUGGGGCCGGCUCUGAAGCUCUGCCAUCACAUAGAGCGGCUGAAACAAGGCAAACUGUAAAGAGAGGAGCCUGGGCGGCCGUGAUUCUCUAUCAGAACUGUGAGCAAUAAGCCCAGAAAGAGCCAGAGGUUCUGGAUCCUGACUCAUGGGGCCACGCAGGGGUUACAUGUUACACUAGACUCCUCCUGGAGGAGAGGGGGCACUUUUCAAUGUUACUACUUCAACGCGACUUCCAGAGCAGGGGUUUAGGGGGGGGAGAAGAAGAAGAAAAAAGUGUGCCGUGCAUCGCUGACGCAUUACCUCAUCCCCCCUCAUCGGCGAAUAAGAAGCUGUUCAAGUCUAAUAAACAAACGCUGACUUCUAAGAAAUCCCAAAGCAAGAAUGAUCCCUGUAGUGUUUAUGUCGCAUCACACAAGGACGACUUUUUUCCCCUUUUUUAUUCUUUUUUUAAAGGAGCUGAAAUGUUUUGAUCCUGAUUUUUGGAUCCCCAAAGAUGGAGAAUGUUUUUUUUUUUUAUUCUUAUUAUUACUGUCGAAUUUCUACCUAAUGAGAAAGGAUUCGCAUACUGAGAAAAGGCAAACAUGAAACGUUUGUCAGAAGAGAAUUUCUUUGCUUGUAUCUGUACUGUUGCGUUAGUUAUUUUCAUUCCCUACUCAUCUGCCUAAAAGUAUAUCAUCUGCCUGAAGGAUGCCGCGCUGUGCAGACAGACAUUUUCACAGACUGUCAGUGUCAUUGCCAGGAAUAACGUUAUCUAUUUUAUUUUUUAUUUUUUUAACUGAGCUGGACGGUUUUGGAAUUAUUAACUAUAUUAUUGUGUCUUAGCGGGUUCGAAGUUGCCUCUCAUCGGUAAAGAUGCUCCGAUCAGAAUUCAGUGGCCGAUGUCUGAUCUUCAGUUUUUGUCAGUCUCUCUUUAUUAGGUAUAAUAUACCAAACCGUUCUACAGUCCCUGCUUAUAAGCUAUUUAUGUUAGAGGCGACAUGUGUGUGAGAGAGCAGUUGCUGUAAAACAGGCCGUUUAACUUUAAAAUUCCUUUAGUUCUUGUAUUAUCUCGGUCAACAUGACCUGAAACAACGGGCUCUGCACUUCUGAGAGAAGGUACAUUCUUAUCUUAAAUCUGAGGUUUCCAAAAUGCCGACUUUUACUAAUCCAAAUUAUUCCGUCGCAGAACAGUCAAAGGCUGAAAAGGAUAAUGUUGCUUUUACGCAAGAAGUGGGCAAUGUCACUGCAAGGCGGUUUUUUAUCAGUUAAGAACUGAUAAAUGUUGACGAAAGCGUUAUCGUUCACCAUCACAUCCCGAAUACCCGAGUAAAUUUAUGAAAAGGGAAAUCAGUGGUGCUUGUUAACAGCUUUUGUUUUAGAAAAAAACAAAUCUCAUUUCUUGCAGAUAGAAAUGCCAAUUCAAUAUCUACAUAAGUUAUAGAAUACCUUACUAGGUAUUAUAUAUAUAUAUAUAAAUCUAACUUCUGUCCUUUAUGCAUUUUUGAUUUUUUUCUUUGAAUUAUUUUUGCUUAAACUUAGGACAAAAUAAAUUUUGAUCAAGUUUCUAAGUGUUUAAAAUACUUUAAUGACAUAUUUACAUGACAAACAGAAACAAUGGAAGAACAGAACAAGUGUGUGCGCUUUGUUUUCUAAAUAAACAAAGUGCAAGAAAUUAUCAUUUGAGAGCAAAUCUUUUAGGUUAGAAUUGAUAAACUGCAAUACAAAAAUCUAAUUUCAAGAAGGAAUCUGAAACUAAAGUAUCGAUGCGAUACUGAUAUUGACUUAGUAUCGAUAUUUAGCAUCGAUCCGCUCCCCUCUAACACAUACACAACAAUGCGUUUCAUGAGAAUGCAGCUUUAAAUUGCUUCCUGAAAGUCUUGCUCUCUCUCGCUCCGCCGCGGCCCGACGCUCAUCUGACGACAUGCAGACGAUGCAGUUUUGCUUUAGAGUCUCUCGAACUUCUGUGCUUCCUCUGACGUGAUUUCAAGCGCCUCACCGUUAAUAACUUCUUCUUCACUCAACACCGGCCUGCACACCGAAGAGUGUUGUUCUCAACAACAAUGGUGUGUUCACAGAAAAAAGAUCAGCGUGUCGAUUCCGGUCACCAUGAUUUCUCGGAGCAUCUCUACCUUUUUCGUGUUCUUCAGUGUCAAACUCUUUUAAGUCACAAGCUUUGGUUUAUCAAUUUCAAUAAGCAGAAUGUUUUAAGAAUGCAGAUUUGAGACAUUUCUAAGGGCUUCUUAUGUUAAGUAUUGCUCUUUGAGUGUGAGUGUGUGUGUUUUUUGUAAUCAGUCAUGUUUCAUGUAAGCUUGUUGGUCUGCCUGAAACCUCAGUGUUUUUACUAUUGACCACAACAAUCACUGUUAGCUAUGUAUACAGAUCUGUACAGUUUUAUGGGUUUAACCAUGAAUAUCAGCAACAGAAUGUACAUUUUGUAGAAACGUAAUAUUUUAAGGCAAUCAUAUGCAUAAGAUAGAAAUGUGAAGCUAAAAAAAGGGGAAAGGUGUGAGUAUUUAACAGUGGUUUCCAGUCUUUUUUAUAUAUAUCUAUAUAUAUAUAAAUACUUAACGCAGUGCUUUUAGUUCACUUUCUUCCAGUUCUAGAUCCUGCCUUGCUUUACCUAUGACAUUUCUCAGGUUCAUGUGGUCUUUGUUAGUGGAAACUUUUGUAGCAUAAUGUUUAUAAUACACCUAUUAAAAGAAAAAAGUUUUUUUCUCCCGUUACCCAUCCCCCCACUUUAAAACUUGUGCCAUAUUAUAUUCAACACAGGACGGAAGUGCUGUCGAUUUUCCCUCUCCCAUCUUCUCUAAAGUACUUGAAGAAAAAUCUGUUUUGCAAAACAUCACUUGUCUAUGUGUUUACGAUGUGUAAUUUUUUUCCUUUUCUAUAAAGAAAUUACAACCAUGAAGCUACAUGUGCUUUUAAUAGCUACAAGGGAUUGUUUUGACUAAUGAGGGAUAUUCAGAAAGGGGAAGACUUUGAUUUACUAUGUCUCAGUGUGGAUGUCUUUGAUUUGGGUUUAAAAAUCAUUCUUUUUGA